AUGGCAGCCAUUGCAUCGUCCUCCGCUCUGCGCGUUCCCGCUGCUCUGUCCGCCAAGACCCAGCAGCGCAAUGGCAGCAGCUUCGUCUCCGGUCAGCCCCUCCGGUUCGCCUCCUCGGCUAUCUCCCGCCUCACCAUGUCUGCUGAGGCUCCCGCUGGAUUCACCCCCCCAGAGCUGAAGGGCGACGUUCCGUCCCCGAUCUUCGGCGGCAGCACUGGUGGCCUGCUCAGGAAGGCCCAGGAUGAGGAGUUUUACGUGAUCACGUGGGAGUCGAAGAAGGAGCAGGUGUUCGAGAUGCCUACUGGUGGCGCUGCUACCAUGAGAGCCGGUGAGAACUCGCUGAAACUGGCCAGAAAGGAGCAAUGCCUGGCCCUUGGUACGCAACUGAGGACCAAGUUCAAGAUUAACUACCAGUUCUACAGGGUGUUCCCCAGCGGCGAGGUGCAGUACCUGCACCCUAAGGAUGGCUGUUGGAGGGGUGUUGCUGCUUCUGCGUCUUCUCCUGCUGCUUCCGCGAGCAGCAUGGGCACAGGGGGACCGGCGGUGUCGGAGGCAGUCAUUGUGGGUGGAGGUUUGGCCGGCCUCGCAACUGCUAUUGGCCUCCGUAACAUUGGGAUUGACGCGCAGGUAUACGAGGCACGGGACGAGGUGCAAGGGAAGGGAACCUUCAUCGUCCUCUUCCCGAACGGGCUCAGGGCGCUCAGCAGAAUCGACCCUGCGAUUGUGCCCCAGUUGAUAUCCCGCGGAGUACCGAACCCCACCGUUCUGAGCCGCUCUCCAACUGGCGAUCCCGUUAUCCAGUGGGACCUUGCGUCCAACAUGACCACACGCUUCGGCUUCCCCAUGCUGGGUAUUCGCUGGCAAGAGGUGCUUGACGUGUUGCGUGGGAUGCUGCCAAACGAUGCCGUCCACCACGGGCACAGGCUUGUGGGAUUUACACAAGGAGAGGAGGAGGGGGGAGGGGGGAGUGAUGGGAGCGGCACAGGCACGAGUAAUGGCGAGGUGAAAUGCGUCUUCCGGAGGGUUAUCGGCGGUGAAGAGCGGUUGCUGGAGGUGGAGACCCCACUGCUGCUGGGGGCAGAUGGCAUUCACUCGGAGGCACGAAAGCAGCUGCUGGGGCGGAGUGGGAAUGGCGGUGCAGCAGGUGAGGGAGUGAGUCCGCGGGACAACGGUAGAACCUCCUGGAGGGCCAUCAUCGACAGUAGCCUCUGCCCCCACCCUCUACUGCAGCCACGCCAGAUACUUACUACACUCGGUGUCAACCGCACUGCAAACUUUGCCGAUGCCGCAGCAGGCAAGCUCUGCUGGGCGCUCACGCUCGUUGAUUCCGCCGAUCCGACGGUCAGCAGCGAGCGGUCCAGCGGGGGGGAGGAGGCGAGGGAGAAGAUUCUGCGGGCGUUUGAGGGGUGGGAUGUGGUGACGCAGCUGGUGCUCGCCACUCCCCCCGACCUCAUUCUCGAGCGCCAUGUGCUCGACCUGCCGCCCCUGCCCUUCUGGGUCCAUGGCCACACUGCUCUCCUUGGAGAUGCGGCGCAUGCAGUGACGCCAGCGCUGGGGCAGGGCGCCAAUCUGGCGUUUGAGGAUGCGGCUCAGCUGGUGGAGUGCCUCCGGGCACACUCGCAUGUCAGUGACGCUCUUCGCUCCUUCCAAUUCAUCCGCAUGCCACGAGUGCACGCGGUGGCAUCACGGAACAUCGCGCACACAAAGGAGCUGUAUGACGAGAAGAAAGAGAAGAAAGCAGCAGGGGAUGGGCGAGGAGUGAGCAGCAGUGAUGGAAGUGAGGGAAAUGCAGUGCCAAAAAUUGAAGAGGUUCAAGCUGCAUCGGCUGCAGUGGCAGUACGAGAGGGGCGCGAUCCUGACGAGGACCUAUUUGGUUAUGACGUGGUUUGGAAGGAGCAUCUUCGUGGUGCGAGUGUUGUGCACUAA